UGUUUGUCAGAAGAUGUGGGUCGAAUCCAACUUGUUUAUAAAGGCCUUGCACCUAAACUUCUGGGUGUAGGACAGGUGCAGGACAGGUGUAGUCACAGACUGUACACACGACAUCUUCAGGAACGUGUGAAGGCUGUCGUCUACUCUAACCAUGAGAAGCGUUGCCGUGAUCCUGUUGGCACUGACAUCGGUGUGCCAUGGAUACCGAAUGUUUGCGGAUCGCAUCCCGAACGGCGAGCAGGUUCCCCAUCCCUGCAAGCCCAACUACCUGUGGCGUGGAGUAGGCCACUUCAACGUAGAUGGCGGUGGCUCCAGAAAUCCAUUUGGUCAAGAUUUCGACAUCGGCGGACGGGCGUGGACUCGGGAACUGUGUCAAAAAGAUUCUGACGGCGACGGACGAACCAACGGGGAGGAGCUGGGUGACCCCAACUGUGUCUGGCGAGUUGGUGACAUCCCGACCUCCUCCACAGGACUGUCCCAUCCAGGUGUCUGCGAGCCCAUUGACAGUGCCCGUUGUCAGCAGAAACAGUUGCACACAGGUUUGUUCCGCACCCAGCAGGAGUGGAUGACUCAGUCUUGCAAGUCCGCAGAGUUUAAUUGUUCGGCCAUCCACGAAGCCGGGGUUCGCCAACAACCUGCUCGCCUGGAACUGACAGCCGUGCCAGCCAAGGAGACAACCUACAUCUGCAAGAUCUUUGAAUUCGAGGACAACGCCAACGACUAUCACCUCAUCGCCACAGAGCCCAUCAUCAACAACAGCUACAUUUUGCACCACAUGGUCAUCUUUGGCUGCGAAGAUGACGUUCAGACUCGCUCUGCCUACCCGUGCGACAUGUUGCCAGACAGAAAAUGCAAGACCAUCAUCAGCGUCUGGACCCUGGGGCUCAACGGAGACUGCUACAACCGCAACGCCGGGGUCCGCGUCGGCAAGAACGGCUUGAAGAAACUUGCCAUCCAGCUUCACUGGAACAACCCUGCUCUGAUUGACAGCUACGUCGACAGUUCUGGCCUUCUCAUCCACUACACACCGCAUCUGCGACCCUACGACGCCUCUGUCCUGUUGCUGGGCAACGAGCAUUUCUCCAUCCCGCCGCGUUCCAACCUCACACAGGUGACCUCUCACUGCUCAGCCUCGUGCACCACCAGGAAGAUCGGGCACACCAUCAACGUCUUCGGGCUUUCAACCACAUGCACUACCUGGGGCGCAAGAUGUCAGUGGAGCUCUACAGGAACAACUCUCUGAUCACCACCUUCACCAUGGAUGAGCACUACAGCUACGACAGCCCGCAGUUCUUCAACUACGAUGAUGCUAUCCCUGUUGAGCCCGGGGAUGUGCUGAAGACUACGUGCGAGUACAGCUCCACGUACAAAAGCCGUACCGUCACGUUCGGCGAGUCGACGCAAGAAGAGAUGUGCUACGCCUUCCUCUACUUCUACCCC